AUGGAUCCAAAGGGACCCCUGCCCGACGGGCUGGGAGACAUCGAGAAGAAUGCGGACGAGAAGCACAGAGAGGAAGCUGGGUUAGAAACAGAGCAAGAGAAGAAGACCGAUAUCAUAGACGAGAAGCGUCCACACUCUUCGCGAGCAGAUGAAAAGUCACCUCCAACGCCCACCUCCAGUUCCGACGGAAGACCAGAUCUCAGAAAAUAUGAUUCUGAAGUUAUCCAGAAGCGAGAUGUUCUCGAAGGCGAUGCUGCUCUGGCACAUUUGCCAGAGUCGGAGCGAGCAGUCCUCAAACGCCAGCUUGACGCGCCCGAAGUCAAAGUCACAUACAAGAUGCUGUACAGAUACGCCACUAGGUGGGAUCAGGUGCUGCUAGUUAUUGCCUCCAUAACCGCCAUCGCUGGUGGAGCCGUCAUGCCCUUGAUGACGGUCGUCUUUGGCAACCUCAGUGGCACCUUCCAGAGCUUCACGUUGGGAGACGGUACAUUGGACUUCAAAGCCACACUCAACCGAUACGUCUUGUAUUUCGUCUAUCUCGCCAUUGGCGAAUUCGUGCUCAUCUACGUGUCAACAGUCCUCUUCAUCUACAUUGGCGAACAUAUUACUUCGAAAGUACGCCAGGAGUACCUGAAGGCCAUUCUGCGACAGAAUAUUGGUUUCUUCGACAAGCUCGGCGCUGGGGAGGUCACCACUCGCAUCACCGCAGACACCAAUCUGAUCCAAGAGGCCAUCUCUGAGAAGGUCGGCUUAACUUUGACCGGUGUGGCUGCCUUCUUUGCUGCCUUUGUCAUUGGCUUCAUCAAGUUCUGGAAGUUGACCUUGAUCUGUAUGGCUACUGUGGUUGCUAUUGUCGUUACCAUGGGCAUCGGAGGCCGAUUCAUGACAGGUUGGAAUAAAAAGUCCCUGCACGCCUAUGCUAUUGGUGGCACGGUCGCCGAAGAGGUGCUGGGCUCGAUCCGGAAUGCCGUUGCUUUCGGUACCCAGGAUCGACUGGCCAAGCAGUAUGAUGUCCAUCUUCACGAGGCACGCAGAUGGGGAUUCCGGAGCAAGUCUACCCUCGGUUGCAUGAUUGGUUGUUUGCUCUGCUUCAUCUUCCUCAAUUAUGGCCUGGCGUUCUGGAUGGGCUCCCGCUUCUUGACCAGUGGGGAGACAAGUCUCAGCUCGAUUCUCACCAUUAUCUUGGCUGUCAUGAUCGGUGCAUUCUCAUUCGGUAACGUCGGACCCAAUGUGCAGCAUUUCGUGGCUGGCGUUGCCGCGGCCCACAAGAUCUAUUCCACUAUCGAUCGAAACACCCCUCUUGACCCGACUACUGAGGCAGGGAAGAAGCUGGACAGGGUGGAUGGUGUGCUUGAGCUCAGAAAUGUGAAGCACAUCUACCCUUCGCGCCCCGAAGUUGUGGUUAUGGAGGAUGUCAGCCUUGUUGUGCCAGCUGGCAAGACAACUGCACUCGUUGGUGCCAGUGGAUCUGGUAAAUCGACAAUUGUCGGUCUGGUCGAGCGGUUCUACGACCCUGUUGGUGGCGAGGUAUUCUUGGAUGGCCAUAACAUUGCAGAUCUGAACCUCAAGUGGCUUCGACGACAAAUCGCAUUGGUGCAGCAGGAGCCUGUACUGUUCAGCCAAACCAUCAAGCAGAAUAUUUUGAAUGGCCUCGUUGGAUCAGCUUUUGAGCACGAAUCUGAGCAUCAACAAAUGGAUCGCGUCAUUCGCGCAGCUAAAAUGGCAAAUGCCCACGACUUUAUUGAAACAUUGCCCGAAGGCUACGAGACGCCUGUCGGUGAACGAGGAUUCCUGCUAUCCGGAGGCCAAAAGCAGAGAGUGGCCAUCGCUCGUGCUGUGGUUAGCGACCCUAAGAUCCUCCUUCUGGACGAGGCUACAUCUGCUCUAGAUACAAAGUCGGAAGGCGUCGUUCAGCGAGCUCUGGACGAAGCAGCCAAGGGUCGGACCACAAUUGUGAUCGCUCAUCGACUAUCAACCAUCAAAGGUGCUGACAACAUUGUGGUCAUGCAGCAAGGUCGCAUCAUCGAGCAAGGAACUCAUGAUGAGCUUUUGCAGAUGAAGACUGCCUACUAUAAUCUUGUGUCAGCGCAACGCAUCGGUUCGGAUGACGACGAGGAAGACGAUGCUUCCGCUGAGGGCACAAACUCCGAUCAUCUUAGCCGCGUGCAAUCCAUCAAGUCGGGUGCAGGUUAUGCAGAUCCUGAAGACGAGAAGCUUGCUCUCGGCCGCACCAGAAGUGCCAAGUCCGUGUCUUCGAACGUAUUGGCCAACAAGGACAAAGGCGCGGCUGCGAAAUACUCGCUGUGGACUCUCAUGAAGUUCAUGGGCAGCUUCAACCGGAAAGAAUGGUGGAUCAUGUGCAUUGGCUUCUUCUUCACUGCUAUUGCUGGAGCCAACCAGCCCAUCCAGGGUAUCUUCUUCGCCAAGUCCAUCAUUUCUCUCACUGGACGUCUUCCUGAGGACGCCGCGAAGAUUCGCUCAGAUGUCAGCUUUUGGGCCUUGAUGUACCUGAUGCUUGGUCUUGUCACACUAAUUGCCAUGUGGACGCAGGGCGUUGCUUUCGCAUGGUGCUCGGAGAACCUCAUCCAUCGGGCUCGCGACCGCGCUUUUCGAGCAAUGCUGCGGCAAGACAUCGCCUUCUUCGACGAGGACGAGAACUCUACGGGUGCACUCACCUCUUUCCUUUCCACAGAAACCACUCAUCUCGCCUCCCUUUCAGGUGCCACGCUAGGCACACUAAUCAGUUGCUCCACGACGCUCAUCCUCGCCAUUGUCAUCGCCCUCGCUAUUGGCUGGAAGCUCGCUCUCGUUUGUAUGUGCGCUCUGCCAAUCAUCUUGGGCACUGGCUUCUUCCGCUUCUGGACGCUGGCCAAAUUCAGUGCCGAUGCUCAGAAAGCCUACAAGAAGUCGGCCGGUUAUGCUUGCGAGCAUACCAACGCAAUUCGUACUGUCGCUUCUUUGACUACCGAAUCCGAAAUCCAUGCCGACUACAGGAGCCAGCUCAACAACCAAUUGCGCUCUUCAUUGCGCUCGAAUCUCCGCAAUUCAGCCCUUUAUGCCGCAUCCCAAUCAGCCAUGUUCCUCGCUUUUGCGCUAGGAUUCUGGUACGGCGGCACGCUUCUCUAUAGAGGCGAGUAUACCAUGUUUCAAUUCUUCAUCGUCUUCAGCGAAAUAAUCUUUGGCGCGCAAUCCGCCGGCACGGUCUUCUCUUUCGCUGGCGACAUGUCAAAAGCCAAGAACGCGGCCGCCGAGCUCAAAGCGCUGCUUGAUCGACAACCCAGCAUUGAUCCCUGGUCCGACGAGGGCGACAAGAUCGACCACGUUGACGGCCACAUUGAGUUCCGCGAUGCACACUUCCGCUACCCGACGAGGCCGGAUGUGCCAGUGCUGCGUGGGCUGGACCUGACGGUCAAACCAGGCCAGUAUGUCGCGCUCGUCGGCGCCUCCGGCUGCGGCAAGUCCACCACCAUCGCGCUCAUGGAGCGCUUCUAUGACCCACUCGCCGGCGGCGUUUACGUGGACGGGCACGAAAUCUCCGGGCUCAAUCUGAACGACUACCGCAGCCAUAUUGCGCUCGUCUCACAAGAGCCAACUCUAUACCAAGGAACAAUCAAGGACAACAUCCUACUCGGCCAAGCCGACAAGGUCAACGCCGACGAAGACAUCCCCGUUGGAGACGAGCGCAUCGUACAGGCAUGCCGCGACGCCAACAUCUACGACUUCGUCAUCUCCCUGCCUGACGGCUUCCACACCGCCGUCGGCGCCAAAGCGGCCCUCCUCUCCGGCGGCCAAAAACAACGCAUCGCCAUCGCGCGCGCCCUGCUGCGCAACCCCAAGAUUCUACUGCUCGACGAGGCCACGUCAGCGCUCGACUCCGAGUCCGAGAAGGUGGUGCAGCACGCGCUCGACGCUGCGGCCAAAGGGCGCACUACAAUUGCCGUCGCGCAUAGGCUCAGCACGAUCCAGAAGGCGGAUGUCAUCUAUGUGAUUGAGAAGGGCGUGGUCAAGGAGCAUGGCACGCACGCGGAACUCAUGGCGUUGAGGGGCCGAUAUAGAGAGAUGGUGGGGAUGCAGAGUUUGGAGAGGCAGCAUUAG